AUGCAGAGGUUCAUAAGACCAUUAUCACAAGCAACCAAACUCUUUGAUAUGCCUAAAGUUAGUGCUGCUUGUAUGAUUAUUGGAGAUGAAGUGUUAAAUGGUAAGAUUAUCGAUACCAAUUCAAGAUUCUUCGCUAGAUACUGUUGGGAUAACGGUAUAUCAUUACGUGAAAUAGUUACUGUUGGCGAUGAUGAAUCUCAAAUCGUGGAAAGUUUACAGCAUUUGACAAAGAAAUAUCAGUUAGUCGUUACCAGUGGAGGUAUCGGACCAACUCAUGAUGAUAUUACAUAUGAAUCCAUAGCGAAGACUUUCCAAUUGCCUGUUAAACUGGACCCAGAAUUACAAAGAAGAAUGCAAAAAUUGUCUAACCCUGAAUCCCAUUUAAGUGAUCAAGCAUUAAAUGAUUUUUAUCGGAUGGCUACUGUACCUUUUGGACCACAAGUUAAGAAUUACUACGUAGACGAUAAAUUAUGGGUGCCUAUCUGUUCAGUGGAUCAUAAAGUUUAUAUACUACCAGGUAUACCACAGCUGUUCAAGAGAAUGAUUGAAGGAUUUACACCACAGUUCAAAGAAAUUUACGGUUUGAAAGAAGAUACUCGAGAAUACGUUAGGUUUUUCGUAAAGACACCAUUUACCGAAUCGCAAAUAUCAUAUUUCUUGAGAAAGUUACAGGAGGAAGCCGCUCAGGUUUCCGAAGAUAUUAAGAUUGGAUCAUAUCCACAUUUCGGUAUGGGAUUUAAUACUAUAAGCAUAUUGGGUACAAAGGAUAACGAGGACUACUUGAAAAACUUAUCUGAUAAGACUAUAAAGGAAUUAAAAGGUGAACCCAUUGCGGCAGAAUUGGAAGAAAAAUACUCAAAUUUACAAAAUUGA